UGACUAUAAAGAAAGGAGGCGGGGCUGGGAGUGAAGGAGGAAGUAGCCGGGUGUAGGAGAAGCAGACAUGACCUCCACACUCACGCAGGGUCUGGAGCGGAUUCCGGAUCAGUUGGGGUACUUGGUGAUGAGCGAGGACGGCGUGUUAGCAAGUUCCGGCGACCUGGAGAACGAUGAGAAUUUGGCGGGUGUGAUCCGGGAGAUGGUGACCGCGGCUUGCAGCUUCCGCUGUCUGGGGGACCAGAUACCAUUUAAACGCAUGAGCAUUGUGUUCGGCGAGCACUCGUACUGCGUCACCAUCUCCGGACAGAAGAUCUACGUGGUGAAGAGACAGAAUGUUGUCCGUGAACCAAUCAGUGUUUGAGAGAACUUGUGACCGCAUCCUCCGCUUUACAUGUAUAGAAUGGACU